CCAAAAAUGUUGAUCAGAAAGCUCUGGAAGCUUCUUACUGAAACAUUAAAAGCGGACUCCACUGCUCUUUGGGGCCUGCCUUCGGUAUUAAGCCUUAAUUUGUUUUGGCAGAAGAAAACUUGGACUCAACGUCAAUCCAACUUCCUCAUUACAGUUCGCAGGAAUUUACUGUCUCCAAGGCAGCCUGGUGUCAUCUCAUCCAAUCCGGGAGCUGGAGCCAGUUAAUGACACGUCCAAGCGAGCAGAGGAAAGUGAAACUGAACUUCUGACUAGAGAAUCAUGGAUGCAAGCGCUCUCUUAGGAAACCUGAGCAAGGAAGCUUCCUGCUCCAUCUGCCUGGAGUAUUUCAAAGAGCCAGUGUCUGUACAUUGUGGGCACAACUUCUGCCAGGCCUGCAUCACUCAGUGCUGGUGGGGGCAGGAGACUGGCGUGUCCUGCCCCCAGUGUGGGGAAAGCAGCCACCAGAAGAGCUUCAGAGAGAACCAGCAUCUGGCGAGAAUCGUAGAAAUUGUCAAAUGCUUGAAUCUGGAAGCUGCCAAAGCUCUGGAAGAGGGGAAAGUGUGUGAGAAGCACUUGGAACACCUCAAGGUCUUCUGCAAAGACGACAAGAUACCCAUUUGCUUGGUAUGCACUAUUUCCAACGAGCAUCAACAUCACGCUGUCGUUCCAAUAGAAGAAGCUGUUCAGGAUUACAAGGAACACUUUCAGAUGCAACUGAAGAUCUGGAAGCAAAAGACCGAGGAACUCCAGGCCCUGAAACUAGCUGAAGCAAGAAGACGCUUGAAACGUCUGGAAAGGUUAGACUCCGAAGGGAAGAAGAUUGUGUCUGAAUUUGAGCAGCUCUAUCAGUUUCUAGAAGAUCAAGAAGAAUUCCUGCUGGCCAGGCUAGAACAGCUGCAGAAGGAAGUGAUAAUGGAGGAGAAGACCACCACAUCAGAGAUUUCCAAGCUUCGUGACCUCGUCCGCGAUGUGGAAGAGAGAUGUAAGCAGCCUGUGAGUGAAUUUUUCCAGGACCUCAAAAACACCUUGAGCAGAUGCGAGGAUCAGAAGACCCAGAAACCAGCGGGUUGCUCUCAAGAUCUGGAGAAGAUACUGGAUGCAUUUUCCGAAAAAAGGAUGCAUCUGGAAGAGAUCUUAAAGAAAUUCAAAGCUGCUGUGUCAGUUGAACUGGAGAGCAUAUCUUUGUCCAAAGAGGAACUAGGAGUCCGGAAAGGCAGGACAAGAUUAUUUGAGUUGCCUUAUGCCGAAGUGAAAAAAAGAGGCACAAGAGUGAACGUGACGCUGGAUGGAGACACCGCAAACCCCUUCCUCGUCCUCUCGGCGGAUCAGAAGAGUGUGAGACUCGGAGAUGCAUGGCAGGAUGUAGCUGACAACCCCGAGAGAUUUGAUCCUUACCCCUGUGUGCUGGGCUGUGAGGGACUCACGUCGGGGAGGCAUUAUUGGGAAGUUGAAGUGGCCAGUGGGAAGCACUGGGCCGUGGGCUUUGCAAAAGAAUCUGUUAAAAGGAAAGGGCAGAUCACCCCUAGUCCCGAGGAGCAGAUAUGGGCUCUACAACAAAGUGGGGAUCUCCUUGAAGCUCUAACCUAUCCUCCGACUAUCUUGCCCUCGGGCAACUGCCCCAGGAGAGUCUGGGUAUUUCUGGACUAUGAAGAGGAACGAGUGGCAUUUUUUGAUGCCGAUACAUCAGUGUUAAUCUACGUUUUCUCACCAGCGAUGUUCAGUCACGAAAGAAUCUUCCCUUGGCUCUGGGUCUGGCCUGGAACCGAGCUGAGGAUUUAGCAGCGAGUUUUGAUGUUAGUGUAUUGGGCUAACUGCAGUGAGGCUGAGUAACACACACGCAAAAAUAUCACUUGUCUAGGUUUGGGUAGCUGUCCUCUCGACGGCACGGGAAGAGUGGCUUUACAGGCCAUGUCCCACUUGCAAGGCAAGGAUCCUGUUGUGAAACCAAUCCCAAAUUUCCUUCAGCAAAAACCCACAUUUUGUGCCAAUAAAAAACAAAACACUAGCAAAUUGUAUUGUGCAUAUCAGUUCUAAAUUGCACAAACUUUGUGCUGAUUUCAGCUCUUUUAAACACAGCCGAUGUUAGAAGAAUACAUACAUCAUAUCAGGUCGAGAUAGCCAACAUGGUGCCAUCUAGAUGUUGCUAGACUACAACUCCCAUCAUCCCUGACCGCUGGCAGAGGCUGAUGGGAGUUGUAGUACAACAACGUCUGGAAGUUUCAUAUUAAAGGAGCGGCACCGUUAGGCCUGGACUGCACAUCCCCUGCCCCUCACUGCAGAUGGCUGGCGCCAUCAGACAGCACCCACAAAACCUUCCUUUAAAACACAACAACAGUCCUUCACCAUGAGCGCAAUGCAGCCAGAGCAAAGCUCUCCACCCAUUUAAUUCUGCAGGGUGCCUCUGGGCCCCACAUGAAGAAGACCGGCAGGUGCCUGUAAAAAGAUGUGAGGAUGUCACAGAGACUGCUGCUGAUGGCUGGCUGGCUGGCUGGCUGGCGAGGAAAGGAUAAAAUGAGGGAGGACCAAGCAAGCAGCCAGUGUGAGAAAUCCACCUUCCCCUCUUUCUAAUUUUUUUGGGGUGGGGAGGAACCCAUAUCUCCCCUCCCCAACUUUUUACCAGGGUUCUUUCCCUUACACAUGGCCUGCUAACUGGGUGGAUGGAGGAAAGAGUGAGCAAACUGGACUGUGGCUGUGUGUAGAAAUCGGUGGUGAAAUGACAGCCUCCCUCAAGAACUUGGAAAUGGAUGCUAUCGAAGCACAAGAUUUUUCCACGUCGUUCUGAUUUUAUUCAGAAUAAACAAUAU